AUGUUCAUCGUUUCUUUGCCGUUCGCCGUCUUACGUGGCGGUUAUUGGGCGAUCGCCGCAAUGAUUGGCAUCGCGCACAUCUGCUGCUACACCGGCAAGAUCCUAGUCGAGUGCCUCUACGAGCUAGACACAGUGACAGGUCAACGUGUACGCGUACGAGAUUCGUAUGUAGCCAUCGCCAAGGAGUGUUUCGGGCCUACGUGGGGCGCCCGUGCCGUCAAUAUUGCGCAGAUAAUUGAGCUGUUGAUGACCUGCAUUCUGUACGUGGUCGUGUGCGGUGAUCUGAUGAUUGGUACUUUCCCCGAGGGCGCCAUCGACACCCGCAGCUGGAUGAUGCUAAUCGGCAUAUUUCUGCUGCCACUUGGCUUCCUCAAGUCCUUGCAGCAUGUUUCCGUGUUGAGUUUCUGGUGCACAAUGUCUCACCUCUUCAUCAACGCGAUCAUCAUCGGUUACUGUAUCCUGGAGAUUGGUGACUGGGGCUGGUCGAAGGUGAAGUGGACGAUUGACAUGGAAAAUUUCCCGAUCUCGCUUGGCGUGAUCGUCUUCAGUUAUACAUCGCAGAUCUUUUUGCCAACCCUCGAAGGCAAUCUCAUCGAUCGUUCUAAGUUUGACUGGAUGCUAAAUUGGAGUCACAUCGCUGCGGCAGCGUUCAAGUCGCUCUUCGGCUGGAUCUGCUUCCUAACAUUCCAGAACGAUACACAGCAGGUGAUCACAAACAACCUGCACUCAGCCGGCUUCAAGGGUCUGGUGAACUUGUGUCUGGUCGUCAAAGCGGUGCUGUCGUACCCAUUGCCAUAUUACGCCGCUUGCGAGCUCCUCGAGCGCGCCUUCUUCCGCGGUCGACCGAAAACAAUCUUCCCAACCAUCUGGACAGUGGAUCGGGAGCUCAAAGUCUGGGGUCUGGCUUGGAAGAUCGGCGUAAUCGUGUUCACCAUUUUAAUGGCAAUCUUCAUACCGCACUUCAGUAUAUUGAUGGGUUUCAUCGGUUCUUUUACCGGGACCAUGCUUUCAUUUAUCUGGCCUUGUUAUUUCCAUUUGAAGUUGAAGAGGAACUCAAUGGAGUGGAGCGCCGUUGCUUACGAUUGCUUCGUCAUUUUCCUUGGUGUUCUCUUCGGCGUUAUUGGCGUCUAUGAUUCCGGCUCCGCACUGAUUAAUGCCUUCGAGAUUGGCCUGCCCUUCUGAGCGAUCUCGCGCCAACUAGGUCGUUUCGUUGUUCUUAUCUGUAGCAAAAUGAUAUUACGGAAACGUUCGCAAGUCGCAGGAAUAUUUGUUUCUCGAUUUUAACAUGCUCGGUAUAUGUGCAAUAAUUGCUGAUGCAAGCAAGAGAUCACAGAAAAUCUAAAAUAAAGGCGAUAAUUGAUAGGAAAAUUUUGUGUUUUGGAAAAAUUAGAAAUUUUUUUGAAUAACAUUCAGCUCAAUAAUCAACAAACUGAUUAUUUACAAAAUGCUAAUAUCAAAUUAAGAAAAUAUAUCAGGCCUGUUAGAUAGUGACUCGCGUGCCAGCCGCGCCGCCGAACGCUUCCCUCUCCAAUUUGAUCCGCCGGCCGAUUUCAGGGACAAUUGUCAGCCGUGUAGGCGAUGUACGCGAAUUGUCACGAUGUAGGCUCUACUCUCCAUAGUAAACUAUUGGAAACUUCGACUUUUUUCUUCUUUGCUACGUUAUG